UCUGACCAAUCAGCGUUAGGCGGUAAGUUUCAAAACACAAAUGGCGACGGAAAGAAUUGAAGCGCUUCUGGAAAGGACUGACCCUUCCUUCCUGAAAUCAUGCAACACCACCGAAGUGCAGGAAACCGGAGAGGGAGAAAUUAUGGCUCCCUAUCUGAUUGACUGCAGGCGAAAACAGAAGCAUGCAUUCAGACAGCUGUGUGUGGUGGAUGACAUGAUCCAGCUGCUGGCAGGUCUGGAGUCAGUGGAUCAGCUGCUGAGAGAGCCAUGUCCCCGAAACCCAGGUAAUGAAGCUCGUUCUGCAUGGAAGGCAUUAAAAGCUGAAUAUCAAGAGAAAGUUCAGGAGGUGGAGGGGCUGAUCAACACUCUCCAGGCUCGCACUGAGGAGCUUCAAGCUAAACGGAAAACCCUGGAGACUCUACUGUCCACUCUGCAGAUAAAGAAAGAGGAGUGCAAAGAGAAGGAGAGAAUCACAGCUAAACGAAAUCAGAGAGCUGAGAAACAGAUCAGCUUUCAGUUGGAAGAUUCCCUCCAGGCAGCGCAAAACGCUCUGAAUGUGUGUGAUUUGCAGCUCUCUAAGCUCAAGGAUGAGGUUGAAAAACAGCAUGCUCGAAUUAGUGACUGGACAAUAUUAAGAGACGGGCUGCAGACCUUGGUCUCAGUGACUCACAGAAACAUGCAGUACAGGCUGCUGUCAGUCAGUUCCUCUGAGCUGUGCCUCGAGCUCUUGCCUCGUGCUGCCGAAAAAUCACUCGAACCCCUGCGUGUGUCCAUCACCAUGACAACCAGCGAUGAGUUUCAUCUUCAGGUGUUUCAGGGCACUGCUGGUCUUGUCGAGGAGGCGGUGGACGGGCGUCUUAGGCAUGUGAGCGCCGCCCUUGUGGAGGUGAUGGAGCGGUACAUAAGUCAAGGAGAGAUGCUGUCUGAGAUUCAGGCUCUGCACUCCAGGUUUGCGAUCGAUUGGUGUCCUGCUGAAAAGCUUCUGAUCUUCCUCAAGACUGCGACCACUGUUUGUCACCUGAGGGUCGAGGAGGGAUACCCUUCACACGGCCGAGCUACUCUCCUGUCUGUGAGGAAAGACGGCAAUCUGCUUGAUAUCGCCCAUCUACAGCCGCCGGUGCAGCAUCCUGUCCUGACAGAGUGGCUUGAGUUUCUCUCCUCCAAUCCAGACAUCUGACAUCACCAGAUUUACUCCAGCCCAGAUCUUCUGGUUUGACUUCACCAUGAAUGUCAUGAGUCAGAGUCUAUUAUAUUACACGUAAUCCACUGUACAGUUCUGGUUUCAUUGCUGAUACAUAUAAAUUAAUGUUUGUGUCUGCAUUGUGAGUCUAUUAUCUAACCAACCCAGACUGCCAUAAUUAUUAAUAGAAUUAUUAUUGGCAUAAAUAACCCAUGCCAAAGCAUUGUAAAAAAACAGCAUUUCAAUUUAAGUCUCAUACUGUAUGUUUUCAAGUAGCAAAGAGUUGUGCAUUGUUCACUUCAGUAAAUACAGGUCCCAUGACAUCUCUCUACAGUGUAGUUUAAAUUUCCUGUGUCUAAUAAAAAAAUCAAAAAAGGUAAAUAAACUGAAUCUAAAAUGUAUUAAAUGGCACCCGGUUUUCACUCCCUAUUUCAGCUCUUGUUUCUCCACACUAGAGGGCAGCACUUCCUGUGUAGAGCCCCACAUGCACAUCUUUCCAUCCACUAUGGUCUGACAUAACAGGUUAGGUAACGAUAUCUGGAGACUCAAGUUUAUUCCUCUGCUGCCUGUAUAUUUAAUACCCUUUUUUUUAACUUCACAACAGUUGUUUAGAAUCAUUGUUCCCUUCUGAAGUGUUGUAUAAUUCAAUCUCAGACACGAAAAGCUGCUAUCACGUUGGCUUCUGGCUUGUUACGAAACAAGAGAUCAAAUUUACAGUCUUUUUUUUCUUCCUGUGGUUGUUCUGACAUACUCCACUCGACACUUGGAGCAUGACUCCACUUUCUGAACCAGUUAUCUGCGGCUUCAGGUGCUGCACAACAGGAGCUGCUCUCAUUGGCCAGAUAAGCUGUGAGGUUUGCUCUGGAUUUGGCCAAUAGGGAGCUGUGAAGCUGAUUACGAGGGCACAGUGACCCAGUUCUGUGUGCAUGUGUGUGGAGAGCAUAUUCUUAGCUUAGUCUGAUGUCUGCGAUUAGAAAGGGCCUGGACUACGUGAUGUGCUUUGACAAUAACCUUUGUAGAUCACAUAAUGACUUCUGACCUUUUGAGUCCGUCGUCAUCACCUCAGUAAACUAUUGCUUUCUGUCCCUCUGUUUAUCCUGAAUAAAAUCUGGUUUUGUCUAUGUAAUAAAAGCUUUAAAAGGA